AGAAGAGUUUGAUUGAAAGCAUCGCUAAAAGCGAUAGACUUUUAAAUUGUGUUUAUUUGACGUUAUGUUGAAUGCAGUCAUCAUUGAAGUGAUCGCCAAUUGAUGACCAAUCGAGUCAUUCAUGGUUUGUAUGAUUACAUGAGACCAACACGAGUAUAGCAAACACAUGACAAUCAGUGCAAUCAAGUGAUGGUCUCCAAGACGUCUGUUGAAGUGAGAGAGUUGUCAUUGAAUUGAAGAUCAAAUCAAACCUUGUUUUGGUCGACAUUUUGUGCCAAUUAUUGGUUUGUUUUGAUUGAAUGCAAACGACAUAUCAAAUGCAGUCUUCAGAGCCUUCAUUGCACUGAUUUGACAGACAUUUUCAUUGGAUUCACUCAUUCAUAGCACAGAUGAUAGAGAUUUGUGUGAAUUUAGGGCUCAAUUGAUGGACACAAUAGGGUUAAGACAGACAGACAUUGCUUAAGACUAUUAUGAUUAUUGUUAUCAUGUUUUCAAUUGACUAUUAUUUAUGAGAUUUGUUUGCUUUUUGUUAUGGUUUUAGUGAUAAUCGAUGUGAACGUAAAUAAGUGUUGUAUUGACUGUUGAGGACAUCCUUAGCUCACAAACUGGUCUUCAGUUGUCUUUAUUGCCAAACAAUAUAUCGAUCACUCAUUGAAUCCAAAUGAGACACAAAACACACUCUUUUGGUGAUGAAUUGGGCGACCGAUUGGCGGGCCUUCCGGUGCCGCGAAUCGCGGAGAAUGGGUACCGAUUGCCGGACCCAUUGCCUACCGGUUCCAUAUUAACGGACUCCACUCAAAGACAAUGGCUUUUGGGUGAGUCUAUCGGUUGCGGAGGUUUUGGCGAAAUAUAUUGCGCUAAAGAGUUGCCCGAAAGCCAGCGAUUUGGCCACAACUCGGCCGCAGACAGAGAGCGGACAGACAUGUCAAGCGACGUAUCGACCGUAAGCGACAACAACUCGUACAACGGUCUCCCGAAACGGAGUUGUGUCCAGAAGUUCAACGAAAGGCAAACGGAACGCAAGAACAAAGAGAAGUUGAAUAAACUGCUGAAGGACUCGAACUAUCCGUUUGUGGUGAAAGUGGACCACAUAUCGGGUCCACUGUUCGCCGAAAUGCAUUUCUACCACCGAGUGGCCAAACCCAAGCUCAUCGACAACUGGAUGUUGACGCAGAGACUGGCGUUCAUAGGAAUGCCUCGCUAUGUGGCCUCAGGCAUCUUCAUCGCCAACAACACGUGUCGACGCUAUCGGUUCCUCGUGUUGGACCGCUUGGGCAUCGAUUUGCAGAAGAUUCUCAAUAAACAGAACAAUCGGUUGAGUCUGAAGAGCGCCUACACUAUAACAAUGAUGACAAUCGACAUCCUGGCCUACAUUCACUCGUUUGGUUACAUUCACGCAGACAUCAAGGCAUCCAAUCUUCUCUUAGGCCGAUUAGAGACGACAUCACCGGCUCGUGAGCUGUAUCUCGUGGACUACGGUCUGGUAGAGCGCUAUCGGACUCAAGAUGGCGAACAUAAAGAGGAGGAGGAGGACAACCGACGGGCCAAUAGCGGUACCAUUGAGUUCACAUCCCGUGAUGGACACGUGGGCGCUCUGACCCGUAGAUCUGAUUUGGAGAUAUUGGCGUUCAAUACGAUCUCAUGGCUGUCGGGCGCAAGACUUCCGUGGAUUGAUUGCAAAGAUCACGAAAUCGUUCGGAAACAGAAGGAGUAUUACAUGAGUCAUAUGGACGAACUGCUCAAACAUGCCUUCCACUCGAAGAGUUUGGUUCCCAAAGGACUCGAAGAGUUCGUGCGAUCCAUAUCUAGACUGGGCUUCAAAGAAGACCCCGAUUACAGCGCUCUCAAACUCAUCCUAACCCGAGCUAUAGUCAGCUCCGGAUCUACUAAUGACGGUCUCAUCACAUGGGGUGAGAAGACAGUCACUAAAACUAAAACUGUUAAAAAAGGUAGCAAAAGAGCCAUCAGUUCCAGUGUAGAGUUGGGCAGAGGAAAGGCUCACAGGGGAGAGAAACAGGAGUUCGAACAGUUCGAGUUGUGUGACAUCCCUCGCAAAAUGGACAGACAUAGGGCUGUCCGCAGCGCUCCCACAACACUGUCUCGCCAGAGGUCGGCAUCCAUUACACCGACCAACACAUCACUGAUGGAUCUCUCGAACCCAACGCCACAAAUGCUGGAAGUGAUGGAAAGAAUGCGCCAGAAGUCGGAGACCACUGACAGGGAUGUGGUUUCCAUUGAUUCGAGUCAUUGUAAUAAUCACUUAAUCCAUAAAAAGCGAAUCCGAAGCAACACUUCGACCAAAAAGGGAUCGAAAGCUCAACGAAUACCACUCCAGAAGCUGGAGAUCAAUGUGAAGACAACGAACACAUCGAAGAGGUGUUCCAACCGAACCAUUGACACUAAUGUUAACAAAAAAGCUCUGAAAGCGGUUUUAAAGCGUAAAUCACAACAACAACACCACAAGAAGAUUAAUAAGACAUUAAUUACUCGAAGCAAAACAAAGACUAUUUUGUCGGCAAAGAAGUUAAUUAAGAGAUCAACCAUUCAUUCGGCGAAACAAAACCGAACAAAAGUGGCUCUUGUGGUGGAUUUGGCGAACGGUUCGUUCAAAUGUGAUAAACACUCGAGAAAUAACACUAAUGGCAACAAAAAGAUGAAGUGA